AUGAAGAAAGCAGAUACAACUAUUAAGCACUCUUUCCUAGUACGAUUUGAGUGGGGGGGAAGAUUGGGGCAAGCCUCCAACUAUUUGAUAGUGAGGUACUAG